AUGUCGGAAUUCAAGUUAGCUGUCGAUGAGAAGAACAAGGCCACAGAGCUGCCAUUGCGGCGAGUUUGGGGCACUGCGAGUGCCAACCCACAUAUGCGAGCCUUUUGGGGCGCUACAUUGUCCUUUUUUCUGGCCUUCUUAGGUUGGUUUGCCUUAGCUCCUUUGGGUCUGGAAGUGGCAGCAAGCUUGGGAACCUGUGAGAAUCUCAUGUACCCACCGGAGAGCCACCCGAAGCGGCUGGCAUACCUGAAGUACACGAACCUCACUUCUGGCGACCAAUACUGCCAAUAUGGGCUGAUCCCUGACGAUGUGAAGCCUUCGGAUUGUGCCGAAGUACCAGUGCCUUCGGUGGCAGGUGCCAGCACGGAGAACAAGAAGUAUCGGCCAGAAGUAUUGGCCAAGUGUGUUUGCACUACGGGAACGGAAUGCAAUCGCAUCAUCGCCAAUGCCGGAGUUGCUGCGGUCGCCUCAACGAUGUUCGUGCGCAUUGCAUUGGGGACACUGUUGGAGAGGUUUGGCCCCGUGAAUGUGCAGGCAGGCCUUUUGACGUUUGGAGCCCUUUGGGUCGCCUUGUCUGCCCUCAUCCAAGAAGUUUGGCAAUACACUGUGAUCCGAUUCUUCAUUGGGUUUGUUGGGGCCACCUUCGUGACCAACCAGUUCUGGUGCUCCUUGAUGUUUUCUCAAAGCAUCGUGGGCACGGCGAAUGCUACAGCAGCAGGUUGGGGAAACUUAGGUGGUGGCGUCACACAAAUCUUCAUGAUUUCUGUGCUAUUCGACCCCAUGGUGAACAGCGGCCUGACGGCUGACACGGCUUGGCGCGUGUCGAUGACCAUCCCUGCAAUCCUGUUCCUUCUUUGCGCUGCGGCCUUGAAGCUCUUAUGUUGGGACAUGCCAACAGCCAAACACAUUGAUGUGGCCACCAUCGGCAAGACCAGGCAACCCUCAUUGUGGGACUAUGUUGAGGUGCUGAAGGAUGUGAGGGUGCUGGUGAUGAUCUUCCAAUAUUCGGCAUGCUUUGGCGCAGAGCUAGCCAUGAACAACCAGCUGGCCACACAUUUCAGGACCUAUUUCCAGAUGCCUGCAGCUGAUGCUUCAGCCUUGGCCGGAGCUUUUGGGUUGAUGAACCUUUUUGCCAGAUCUUUAGGUGGCAUCAGCAGUGACCUCUUCAAGCAUGUGGGUUUCCGAGGCCGAAUAUGGGCACAAUUCUUAACUCUCUUCUUCGAGGCAAUUUUUCUCUUCAUUUUUGGCCUCGUGGAUAACUCACAACCCUGGUAUGUUGCGCUGGUGGUCCAAAUUUGCUUCUCCUUGUUCGUGCAGAUGGCGGAAGGGACCAGUUAUGGCAUCGUGCCUUUUAUGAACAAAGAGCAGCUGGCUGUGGUCUCUGCACUUGUAGGUGCAGGUGGCAACCUGGGAGCUGUGAUUGCGGGCUUUUGCUUUUAUCAGCCCAUCCAUCACCCAUUGCUUCCCUUCCAAGUGCAUGCUGGCUAUGUGAUGUUCUGGGCGUUGCUGACCCCCUGCUACUAUUGGGCUGAGCAUGGCGGCAUGUUCCACAAGCCGGCGCCAGCGCAUACCUACCAAGACGUGCCAGGGCCUCAGUUUGGCAGUGAGAUCCAAAGCAGCCCUUACAGGCGCCGUCCACCGGUGCUGGGCUACGGCCAUCAGCUGUGUCCCUACUGGAACAAGAAGGCGAAGCGCCCGGCGGCGGAAAUGGGAGGAGUCAGCAGCUUGCCCGUGGGCUUUGUUGGCUUAGGCUCGAUGGGCUACCACAUGGCUGGGCACAUGGCCAAGGCCCACUCCAGGAACCGCACCCAGAUGAAGGCCGCCCAGCACUCCAAAGAGUUUGGCUCUGUGCAUGCGGAGAAGUUGGAAGAGCUGAAGUCCAGACGCCAGGUGUUGGUCUUUUGCUUACCAACUUCAGAAGAGGAGGGCAAUCCUAAAAACCGUGCUGAUCGGAUUGUCUUCCGCGAGGGCUCGUUUGACUCCUUGGACGGAGACUCCAAGAGACUGCCGAACAGUGCUGAUGAGGCCAUUGUGGAGCAGUUGGCGCCGCAUUUGCCCAGGGGCGCCUGUGUUGUCUCCUGCACCUCGGGGGUGCCGACCGUGACCAAGCGCCUUGCAAACUCCUUACGCGAGCGUUUCGGCAGUCUCACCUGCAUGCUGGGCAGCGAUUCGCCUGAAGCGGCCGAAAAGGCGCUGCCAGUUCUCCAAACCUUUGCGCAGAAGGUGGUGAGAUGCAAGGGUCCGACCAUCUUCCUCAAGAUUGUCUCGCCAGUCCGCCGCCGCGAAUGCUAUGAGGUCAGCAACCGGCUGGCCAGGGAAGCGCAGGAGUGCCAUCUCGAGAACUUCACGUUCCUCACCUCCGCGGCGAUACUGCUCCUGGACGGAGGCCUCAAGAUCUGCGAUUCGGAGCAUCAAGGCCUGCUGGUCUUGCUCAGCACGCAUUGCGCGGGCUUGUGCUUCCUGAAUGGCAUAUCAAGGCGCAAGCCACCGGUGCCGCCGGUGUGGGAGCCUUUGCUGGAGAAGGCUGCUCCAACAGCCAGCUGCCUCCCCGUGCCACUACGAGGAGAAGCAAGAGGUUCUGCAACCAGUGGCGAUGGAUUUGAGUUCCCACGGUGCCUCCGGUGCUUUGCAACCAUCGCUGCACUGUUUUCAGAACCUGCUCCAAGAGGAGGCGCGUGA